CAUUAAAAUGAGCGAGUAAACUUGCUCGGCAAAUUGAACUACAAAACAGCUGUUUAUUGUUUGGUGUUUUAGCGUACUGUCAAGUCGCGUGCAACAUUCUUUUUAAUUUAAAUUAAAUCAUGAUCAAUUAAGGAAAUAAGUGUUUGUUUUUAUUAUUCUGAUUCUGAAAUCAUGUCUAGCGGAUUAAAGUGUCGCAACUGCGGCUCCAAUGAGAUCGAGGAGGAUAAUGCGCGCGGUGAUCGCGUAUGCAUGAAUUGUGGCUCUGUGUUGGAGGACUCACUGAUUGUCUCCGAGGUCCAGUUUGAAGAGAUGGGCCACGGUGCCGCCGCCAUCGGUCAGUUUGUUUCCGCCGAAUCCUCCGGCGGAGCAACCAACUACGGCUAUGGCAAAUUCCAAGUGGGAUCCGGCACAGAGUCUCGUGAGGUGACAAUUAAGAAGGCCAAGAAGGAUAUCACGCUGCUCUGCCAGCAGCUGCAGUUGACGCAACACUACGCGGAUACCGCCUUGAACUUCUUCAAGAUGGCCUUGAACCGACACUUAACCCGUGGCCGCAAGAGCACCCACAUCUACGCCGCCUGCGUCUACAUGACCUGUCGCACCGAGGGGACCUCACAUCUACUUAUCGACAUUAGCGAUGUUCAGCAAAUCUGUUCCUACGAACUGGGACGCACCUAUCUGAAGCUAUCUCAUGCCCUGUGCAUCAAUAUACCAUCCGUGGAUCCCUGUCUGUAUAUCAUGCGCUUCGCGAAUCGACUACAGUUGGGCGCCAAGACUCACGAAGUCUCUAUGACGGCACUUCGGAUUGUUCAGCGCAUGAAGAAGGAUUGCAUGCAUUCGGGACGUCGUCCUACAGGACUUUGCGGAGCAGCACUACUGAUCGCCGCACGGAUGCACGAGUUUAGCCGCACCUUGACAGAUGUCAUCGGUGUGGUGAAGAUUCACGAGUCGACACUGCGCAAGCGUCUUUCCGAGUUUGCCGAAACACCCUCGGGAGGCUUGACCCUGGAGGAGUUCAUGACCGUCGACUUGGAGCGUGAGCAGGAUCCACCCUCGUUCAAGGCGGCGCGCAUUAAGGAUCGCGAGCUCAUCCAAAAUAUGGGUAUUCACGAGUUGACGGAGCUGCAGAUGCAGAUUGAUGCACAUUUGGAAAAAGAUUUGGACAAAUAUAGUGGCAGUAUUAUGCGCCAAUUGACCAAGGGCAAGCAGGCUGAAUUUGGUUCUUCAAGCAGGUCGAAGAAUAAUAUUACAGAUAGCGAGCUCGAAAUGGAAGAAUCAAGGCAAUUCAUCGAACAAUCGAAUGCUGAGGUGAUCAAAGAUAUUAUUGAGAACAAUACAGACGAGACUAAGCCCCAGGGAGCCAUGCCUAGUGCUGUCAUCGAAGGACUGCGUCCUGACAUCGAAGCUAUCUGUCGUGUCACCCAAAAUGAUCUUGAGGAUGUGGAGCGCGCUAAACAACCCGCGGUAACAGAGCUUUUUACAGAUGACUUAAACGAUGAUGAGCUGGAUCAGUAUGUGCUGACAGAGCAGGAGGCAGUGACCAAGCUGGACAUGUGGAAGAAUUUAAAUGCGGAGUAUUUACGGGAGCAAAAGGAGCGCGAGGAACGACUGGCAAAGGAGCGCGAGGAAGGCAAACCCGAGAAAAAGAAGCGCAAACCACGGAAAAAAGUCAUCGGUCCUUCAUCCAGUGCCGGGGAGGCUAUCGAAAAGAUGCUGCAGGAGAAGAAAAUCUCAAGUAAAAUUAACUACGACAUUUUAAAGACUCUCACUGAGGGCAUGACAACGGUUACGGAGGACGGUGAGUCUGCGGGCGAGCUGGCCAAACCGAGAACCUUGGAGGAACUGAAGCAGACACCCGUGAUUUUAGAUGAAACUCCCAUCACGAGCAAGAGCCGUGCCACACCGGCAUACGAUAUGCCAGGACCCAGUCGAAAACGUCCAAAGAUCGAAGCAGCUCUAUCUAUGAGUCAGUCCAAGGAGGAAGUGGAUGUUAAACCAGCAAUUGCGCUGGAAACAGACGAAUUGGACGAGGAUGUUGAUCCCGAUGCCGAUGAGGCUGAUGCGGAUGCCGAAGCAGAGACUGAGGCGACCCUGCAGGAUAUGUUAAAUAAGGGUGCUGAUGAUGGGGAUGAUGAUGAGUAUGGCUAUGGCUUCGAUGAAGAGGAGGAAUAUUAGAUCUUCACAUUGCAUGGCAAACAUUCUCUAUGGGUAUUUUUAUCUACCAUAGAUCUGACAGUUUUUAGAGUGUAAUAAUUGAUCAAAAUCUAAUUUAACGUGCUGCUACUCGUAUUGGUGACAAUACGCAUACCAUUAAGCAUACCUUACACACAUUUUUAUAUUAAAAUCACACUAAAAGUAAGUAAAAUCGAUUUAUAUAUUAAACAAUAAUCAAAUUCA